AUGGUAACUUUUGUAGAAGAAUUGGCUGAGUACAGAAGGCGGGCAGUGGAAGCAGUAAGAAAUGGCGAAACCGGUCCACGACUCAGGAGCAGGUCCAGGAACCGAGCCAGCGGAAGCCAUCACGACAACGGUGAGGACGAACAACCCGCACGCGAUCAGAACGAGGACGACAAAGUGGUCUUUGAAGACGUCGCUAGUAAUCCGGAUCCAGAAUGCACCAAACCAGGCAACUUCGGACCGGCGGGAUUGAUCUGCCCUUUCGGAACACCUGCAGCGAACCAACAUGCAAGAAUCAGGCAAGAGAAGGAAUUGUCAGCGAGCGAUAGCGAACUGACAGACGAGGAAAAAGGCAGUGAUACCAGGAGAGACCACCAACCUGACGAAGUCCCGGAAGGGCACACCCGGCAAAGCCAAGGCUGCUGGAGCUAUAUCCAAGUUUUAAGUCCCGGGAGGGCACAUCCGGCAUGGCCGAGGCAACUGGAGCUAUAUCCAAGUGUUUUACCCAAAUCCCUUUCCAUAUCCCUUUCCAAAAAUCCCAAAUGGGCAAUCCUCAGGAGAAGAGGAAGAGCCAAAAGACGGGGCUCGAAAUGA